UUUGGGGGUAUCCUGCCUCUGGCCGGUCACUGCCUGUCACUGCCCACCGCCGCUGCCCCUGUCCCAGGCACCCAGGCACUCACCCACCCCACCCAGUGGCCCCUCUGCUGGCAAGGUGGCUGCCCCCUGUCUUCCUCCGUCCAACCAUGAACUGGUGCCUGUUCGCACUGAGAGCGCAGCCAAGAAUGUAGUGGAUACGGGAGAAGGAGCCUUCCGGGCUGGAAGCUCACGGAAAAGCCUUGAGGAAGACGGCUCCACAAAGAUCACCCCAAGUGUCCAGCCUCAUCCUCAGCCCACCAGAAACAUGAGUGUGAGCCAGACCCCCGAGGACAGCUGUGAGCUGGACCUGGUGUACAUCACCGAGAGGAUCAUCGCUGUCUCCUUCCCCAGCACCACCACUGAGGAGAACUUCCAGAGCAACCUCCGUGAGGUGGCGCAGAUGCUUAAGUCCAAACAUGGCGGCAACUACCUGCUGUUCAACCUCUCUGAGCGGAGAGCUGACAUCACGAAGCUGCAUGCCAAGGUGCUGGAGUUUGGCUGGCCUGACCUUCACACCCCAGCCCUGGAGAAGAUCUGUAGCGUCUGCAAGGCUGUGGACACGUGGCUCAAUGCAGACCCCCACAAUGUCGUCGUCCUGCACAACAAGGGAAGCCGAGGCAGAAUAGGCGUUGUCAUUGCGGCCUACAUGCACUACAGCAAUAUUUCAGCCAGUGCUGACCAGGCUCUGGACCGGUUUGCCAUGAAGCGAUUCUAUGAGGAUAAGAUUGUACCCAUCGGCCAGCCAUCCCAGAGAAGGUACGUGCAUUACUUCAGCGGUUUGCUCUCUGGCUCCAUCAAAAUGAACAACAAGCCCUUGUUCCUGCACCACGUGAUCAUGCACGGCAUCCCCAACUUUGAAUCCAAAGGAGGGUGCCGGCCCUUUCUGCGCAUCUACCAGGCCAUGCAACCUGUAUACACAUCUGGCAUCUAUAAUGUCCAAGGGGACAGCCAGACCAGCAUCUGUAUCACCAUCGAACCCGGCCUGCUUUUGAAGGGAGACAUUCUGCUCAAGUGCUACCACAAGAAGUUCCGGAGCCCUGCCCGAGAUGUCAUCUUCCGCGUGCAGUUCCACACUUGCGCCAUCCAUGACCUGGCUGUCGUCUUUGGGAAGGAGGAACUUGAUGAUGCUUUCAAAGACGAUCGAUUUCCAGAAUACGGCAAAGUGGAAUUUGUAUUUUCUUAUGGGCCAGAGAAAAUUCAAGGAAUGGAGCACUUGGAGAGUGGGCCCAGUGUGUCCGUAGACUAUAACACAUCUGACCCACUCAUCCGCUGGGAUUCCUAUGACAACUUCACUGCACAUCAUGAUGAUGGUAUGGAAGAGGUGGUAGGACACACCCAGGGGCCACUGGAUGGGAGCCUGUAUGCCAAGGUGAAGAAGAAGGACUCUCUACCCGGCAGCACCGGGGCUGGCAGUGCACCUCGGCCCACCCUGUCAGCCACCCCAAACCACGUAGAGCAUACCCUCUCUGUGAGCAGUGACUCGGGCAACUCCACUGCCUCUACCAAGACAGACAAGACCGAUAAGACCGAUGAGCCUGCCUCCGGCCCCCCGGGAGCUCCAGUCUCCCUGAGCCCCGAGGAGAAGCGUGAGCUGGACCGAUUGUUGAGCGGCUUUGGCUUGGAGAGAGAGAAGCAAGGCGCCAUGUACCAGGCCCAGCAUCUCCGUCCCCGCCCUACAGGGGUCGUUGCAACACCAACUGGCCGCCAUGUAGUCCCUGCCCAGGUUCACGUCAAUGGUGGGACCUUGGCCUCGGAACGUGAGACAGACAUUCUGGAUGAUGAUCUGCCCAACCAGGAUGGUCACAGCGCUGGCAGCUUGGGCACGCUGUCCUCCCUGGAUGGAGUGGCCACCAUCAGUGAGGGCGGGUAUCCAGAGGCCCUGUCCCCACUCACCAACGGUCUGGACAAGCACUACCCACUUGAAACACUUGUCAAUGGUGGAACCUGCUCCUAUGAGUCUGCCAGUAGGGCUGUACCUGCCCACCUGGCUCCUAUGCGGCCCUCCUACUCUGCACAGGAGAGCUUAGCUGGCUAUCAGUGGGAGGGGGGCCAGCACCCUGCCUGGCCAUCACAGCAGGGGACCAUUCCCCACUAUGGCCAUGACCCCAGCGGUAUGUUCCGCUCUCAGUCCUUUCCGGAAACCGAGCCCCAAUUGCCCCCAGCUCCAAUGCGUGGGGGAAGUAGCAGAGAAGCUGUGCAGAGGGGCCUGAAUUCCUGGCAACAGCAACAGCAGCAACAGCAGCCUCGCCCACCUCCUCGGCAGCAGGAAAGAGCCCAAGUGGAGACUGCCAUGCCUAGCAGACCAAGUGCCCAACCCUUGGCAGAGACACCCACCCCGGGCCUCCCUGAGUUCCCCAGGGCAGCCUCGCGACAGGAGAUCGAAGAGUCCAUUGAGACCCUCAACAUGCUAAUGCUGGACCUGGAACCCACCUCUGCUGCUGCCCCUCUACACAAAUCCCAGAGCCUGCCUGGGGCCUGGCCAGGGGCAUCUCCCCUGUCCUCUCCAGCCCUCCCUGGCUCCUCCCAUCCGCUGACCCAGUCUAGGUCCGGCUACCUCCCCACUGGCCAUUCUUUGGGAAGCUCUGAGCCAGCCACACGGGCCUUCUUGGAGUCCACCCCACUGAGCAGGUCUUAUACACCUUAUGAUUAUCAGCCAGGCCUCUCAGGGCCCAGCCAGAGUUUCCAUCCAAAGGGCUCAGCCUCUUCCUCUGCUGCCUUCUUUCCUGCUGCUCAGGCCCCCACAGGGCCACAGCAGCCCCCUGCCUCUCUCCCUGGCCUCACUACUCAGCCUCAGCUCCCACCCAAAGAGGCAACUUCAGAUCCAUCCCGGACCCCUGAGGAGGAACCACUAAACCUGGAGGGGCUGGUGGCGCACCGGGUGGCAGGGGUACAGGCACGGGAGAAGCAGCCCACCGAGCCUUCUGCCCCUCUGCGGAGAAGGGCGGCCAGUGACGGACAGUAUGAGAAUCAGUCUCCAGAGCCUGCGUCCCCCCGGAGCCCUGGGGUUCGCUCCCCAGUUCAGUGUGUCUCCCCAGAGCUGGCUCUCACCAUCGCUCUCAAUCCUGGAGGGAGGCCCAAAGAGCCCCAUCUGCAUAGUUACAAGGAGGCCUUUGAGGAAAUGGACGGACCUUCCCCAGCCAGCCCGCCACCUAGUGGGGUGCGGUCCCCUCCUGGUCUGGCCAAGACUCCUCUGUCUGCUCUGGGCCUGAAACCCCACAACCCUGCAGACAUCCUGCUACACCCUACAGGUGAGCCACGGAGCUACGUGGAGUCGGUGGUGCGGACAGCAGUGGCGGCACCACGGGCACAGGACGCGGAGCCCAAAAGUUUCAGCAGCUCUGCCAGCCAGGAGGCGCCUUUGAGGAAUGGGAGUCUGGGGGCCUCCUUUGUCUCGCCUAGCCCCCUCUCCACCAGCAGUCCCAUCCUCAGCGCUGACAGCACCUCGGUGAGGAGUUUCCCAUCAGGGGACAACGUUGAGCAAGGCCCCCGGACACCCACUCAGCCCUUGCUGGACUCUGGCUUCCGUUCGGGCAGUCUGAGCCAACCUGGCCCCUCACCUCCGAGAAACUACCAGAGCUCGUCUCCACUGCCCAGCAGCUACAGCAGCCCUGACUACACUCUGCAGCAGUUCAGCUCCCCAGAGAGCCAGCCCCGGCCUCCGUUCAGCGUGGCUGGCGUGCAUGUGGUGCCAGGGAGCCCUCAGGCCCGCCACCGGACAGUGGGCACCAACACCCCACCAAGUCCUGGCUUUGGCCGCAGGGCUGUCAACCCCAGCAUGGCCGCCCCUGGGAGCCCAAGCAUGAGCCACCGCCAGGCCACGGGCCCAGGAAGCAGCUACCAUGCCACUGCAGUCCCCAGUGCCCAGAGCAGCGCAGCCACCACUCCCGGAAGCCCCAGCCUGGGCCGGCACCCAGGGGCCCACCAGGCCUUGGGUCUCCAUGGUAGCGUGGCCACUACUCCUGGGAGCCCCAGCCUGGGUCGACACCCCACUGCAACCCACCCAGGCCUUUUGGCCUCGGGGCUCCAGAGCAGUGCUGCCGUCAGUCCUGGGAGCCCCAGCCUGGGCCGCCACCUGGGCGGGUCUGGGUCGGUGGUGUCAGGCAGCCCUGGCAUGGACCGGCAUGUGGCCUAUGGGGGCCAUUCCACCCCUGAGGACCUGAGACCAACACUGUCCCGCCAGAGCAGUGCCUCGGGCUACCAGGCUCCUUCCACACCGUCCUUCCCAGUGUCCCCUGCCUUCUACCCUGGCCUGAGCAGCCCUGCCACCUCCCCGUCCCCCGACUCGGCUGCCUUCAGGCAAGGGAGCCCCACGCCGGCUCUGCCAGAGAAGCGGAGGAUGUCCAUGGGGGACCGCGCAGGCAGCCUCCCCAACUAUGCCACUGUCAACGGGAAGGUGUCCUCGCCGGGAACCAGCGGCAUGUCCAGCCCCAGUGGGGUCAACUCCGUGUCCUUCUCACACACUCUGCCCGACUUCUCCAAGUACUCCAUGCCAGACAAUAGCCCUGAGACUCGGGCCAAAGUGAAGUUUGUUCAGGACACUUCCAAGUAUUGGUACAAGCCUGAGAUCUCUCGGGAGCAGGCCAUCGCACUCCUGAAGGACCAGGAACCAGGGGCCUUCAUUAUCCGUGACAGCCACUCCUUCCGUGGAGCCUAUGGGCUGGCCAUGAAGGUGUCCUCCCCACCUCCCACUAUCAUGCAGCAGAAUAAAAAAGGAGACAUGGCCCAUGAGCUGGUGAGACAUUUCCUGAUUGAGACGGGUCCCAGAGGAGUUAAACUCAAGGGCUGCCCCAAUGAGCCGAACUUCGGCUCCCUCUCUGCCCUGGUUUACCAGCACUCCAUCAUCCCGUUGGCCCUGCCCUGCAAGCUGGUUAUUCCAAACCGAGACCCUACAGAUGACUCCAAAGAUAGUGCGGGCCCUGCCAACACAACCACCGACCUGCUGAAGCAAGGGGCAGCCUGCAAUGUACUUUUUGUCAACUCUGUGGACAUGGAGUCACUCACUGGGCCACAGGCCAUCUCUAAAGCCACCUCCGAGACACUGGCUGCUGACCCCACACCGGCUGCCACCAUUGUUCACUUCAAGGUUUCUGCCCAGGGAAUCACCCUGACUGACAACCAGAGAAAGCUUUUCUUCAGAAGACAUUACCCCCUCAACACUGUCACCUUCUGUGACCUGGAUCCACAGGAGAGAAAAUGGAUGAAGACUGAAGGAGGUGCCCCAGCUAAGCUCUUUGGCUUCGUGGCCAGGAAACAGGGGAGCACCACGGACAACGCCUGCCACCUCUUCGCCGAGCUGGACCCCAACCAACCUGCCUCGGCCAUCGUCAACUUUGUCUCCAAGGUCAUGCUGAGCUCUGGCCAGAAGAGAUGAGCCCCACCGUGUGCCUGAGCCAGGGCCUUGGGGCCGGGGCGUAUGGGGAGGGGACCCAUGAAUCCUGACCACUCUUGAACCCAGAAGGAGGACUCGGGGCCGAUUUGGGAGAAGGAGAGAAGAAAGUGCCACGUGGGGGGAGCGGAAAGUGAAUUGCAGAGGGGAGGGGAAGUGAGAGAAAGAAAGAAUGGAAGAAAGGAAAAAUGAAGAAGGAGAAUAAUUUCAUUCCCCUGGGUUGAUGGAGCCCGAGAACCAACCCCUGAAGCCUCCGAAACUAGCCAGGUCCCCCUAACGCCUCUCCACGCUCUUAGCUUGGCUCACCUCCUAGGAGACUGACCCAGCCUCCAUGGGGAUCCGCGUUUGGGGAGUGAGGGUGGGAUGGAGGAGGCAUGAAAAGCUCCUUCUCUGACACACAGCUGCUUUGUGAGGAGAGAGCAGCCUUUUCAAGCACCUCCAUGAGGCCGUUCCAUGACAGGCAAUUGCUUUGCACACUCUGACGUCUCUGCUUGCCUGUGGUGGUGUGCAGGUGUUUCUGUCGGGCCAGCUUGUCUGCACCCCCUCACCCCCAUGCAGAUCUCUGCUUGCCUUUCAGCCGCAAUGGCCCAAGUGCCUCCUAUGUGUCGACCCACAUGCACGCGUUCAUCCAAAGGCCAGACUUGGGGUGUGUGGCAGGGCUUCAGGGGCACCUGAGACGAUGGGUGACAUAUUUCUGUACCUGCACACUGAUGACUGUGGGUGUCACCACCCCCUUUCUUGAAAAACCACUGGCUGGAAUAGGUGGAUCUGGAUCCCCAGAGGGGCGCCCCACUGUCUGCUCUAUCUGUUACUGCCAGCAGGUAGAGAUUUGGUGUGAAGACUUAGAGACCUUUUGUAGAGCAAGAGGAAGAGAGGUGCCAGGCUGGGUUGAGCUGUGUCUUUCCCUGAAGGUUUAAGGCUUGCAUUGAAGUGUGUGGGGACAUUCCAACCAGCCCCUGGCCCCCAGCCACAUCCUGGGUUUCGAAGGCCGGACCAGCCCUAUCUCAGGCUUCUUCCUCCUUGGCCUGGACCCCUUUUAUGCUGCAGGUUUCUCAUGUUGAGGCUUAAUUCGGGGAACCCACUUCCAAAACCUCUGCUCAGCACCUUGGGGAUGAUGCCCCUAUCUCCUGUGCUCCCCUCUCAAGAUAUUUUAGGGUUCAGCAUGCUGAGCUCUGCUGCCUGGGAGAAUCAGGGCAGAGCUGGGGGGCUGUGACCCAACCACUGUAGGGCUACCUUGCCAUGUCUGAUGCUCACAGCUGCCCCCUGGGUCUCCAUGUCCCCCAGAGAGCCAGACCAUCCACGGGGCAGAGGACAGAAGCAUUGAGGCCCAAGUGCUGAGGGUUUGUGUGGGUGGCCCUAGGUCUCUGAAGCAUCUGGGAAGCUCACAGAACUCCACAUUCUUGAGGGCCCCGUAAGCCUAGAGAGAGGCGUUGUACUGAUAUAUAAAUAUAUAUAAUAUAUAUGUGAGACAUACCGACGGAAUUUGUAAGCUAAUAAAAUAUAAGAAAAGGAGAAAAAAAAA